CCUCCUCUGGCUUGGAGUACCUGGCUCCUCUGGCUACCUCUUCUUAAGCCCCCAUCUCUCCUCUCUCUCACUCGACUUGGCCUCCGGAACGCCCCCCGCUGCUGGGCCGUGAUCCAGCCCCUGCUGUGUGCUGUGUAUAUGCCCAAGUGUGAGAAUGACCGGGUGGAGCUGCCCAGCCGCACGCUCUGCCAGGCCACCCGGGGUCCCUGUGCCAUCGUGGAGAGGGAGCGAGGCUGGCCCGACUUCCUGCGCUGCACCCCCGACCACUUCCCUGAAGGCUGCCCGAAUGAGGUGCAGAACAUCAAGUUCAACAGUUCGGGCCAGUGCGAGGCGCCCUUGGUGCGGACCGACAACCCCAAGAGCUGGUACGAGGACGUGGAGGGCUGCGGCAUCCAGUGCCAGAACCCGCUCUUCACCGAGGCCGAGCACCAGGAUAUGCACAGCUACAUUGCGGCCUUCGGCGCUGUCACGGGCCUCUGUACUCUCUUCACGCUGGCCACGUUUGUGGCUGACUGGCGGAACUCGAAUCGCUACCCGGCCGUCAUUCUCUUCUAUGUCAAUGCAUGCUUCUUCGUGGGCAGCAUCGGCUGGCUGGCCCAGUUCAUGGACGGGGCCCGCCGGGAGAUCGUCUGCCGGGCAGAUGGCACCAUGCGGCUAGGGGAGCCCACCUCCAACGAGACCCUGUCCUGCGUCAUCAUCUUUGUCAUCGUGUACUACGCCCUGAUGGCCGGCGUGGUGUGGUUUGUGGUCCUCACCUAUGCCUGGCACACCUCCUUCAAAGCCCUGGGCACCACCUACCAACCGCUCUCCGGCAAGACAUCCUACUUCCACUUGCUCACAUGGUCACUCCCCUUCGUCCUCACCGUGGCGAUCCUCGCUGUGGCCCAGGUGGACGGGGACUCGGUGAGCGGCAUCUGCUUUGUGGGCUACAAGAACUACCGAUACCGGGCAGGCUUCGUGCUGGCCCCGAUCGGCCUGGUGCUCAUCGUGGGAGGCUACUUCCUCAUCCGAGGAGUCAUGACUCUGUUCUCCAUCAAGAGCAAGCACCCCGGGCUGCUGAGUGAGAAGGCUGCCAGUAAAAUCAACGAGACCAUGCUACGCCUGGGCAUUUUUGGCUUCCUGGCCUUCGGUUUUGUGCUCAUCACCUUCAGCUGCCACUUCUAUGACUUCUUCAACCAGGCCGAGUGGGAGCGCAGCUUCCGGGACUACGUGCUGUGCCAGGCCAACGUGACCAUCGGGCUGCCCACAAAGAAGCCCAUCCCUGACUGUGAGAUCAAGAAUCGCCCCAGCCUCCUGGUGGAGAAGAUCAACCUGUUCGCCAUGUUUGGAACUGGCAUUGCCAUGAGCACCUGGGUCUGGACUAAGGCCACGCUGCUCAUCUGGAGGCGCACCUGGUGCAGGUUGACUGGGCAGAGCGACGAUGAGCCCAAACGGAUCAAGAAGAGCAAGAUGAUUGCCAAGGCCUUCUCCAAGCGGCGUGAGCUGCUGCAGAACCCAGGCCAGGAGCUGUCUUUCAGCAUGCACACCGUCUCCCAUGACGGGCCUGUGGCGGGCUUGGCCUUUGAUCUCAAUGAGCCCUCUGCCGAUGUCUCCUCUGCCUGGGCCCAGCACGUCACCAAGAUGGUAGCUCGGAGGGGAGCCAUACUGCCCCAGGAUGUGUCUGUCACCCCCGUGGCAACUCCAGUGCCCCCAGAGGAACAGGCCAACCUGUGGCUGGUGGAGGCAGAGAUCUCCCCGGAGCUGCAGAAGCGCCUGGGCCGGAAGAAGAAGAGGAGGAAGAGGAAGGAGGUGUGCCCACUGGUGCCAUCCCCAGAGCUGCCCCACGCUGCCCCUGCCCCCAGCGCCAUCCCCCGACUGCCUCAGCUACCCCGACAGAAGUGCCUGGUGGCUGCAGGUGCCUGGGGAGCCAGGGAGUCCUGCCGACAGGGCGCCUGGACCCUGGUUUCCCACCCGUUCUGCCCAGAGCCCAGUCCCCCUCAUGAUCCAUUCCUGCCCAGCGCCCCCGCCCCUACGGCCUGGGCCCAUAGCCGCCGCCAGGGUCUGGGGCCCAUUCACUCCCGCACCAACCUGGUGGAGGCUGAGCUCAUGGAUGCAGACUCGGACUUCUGAGCCUGCAGAGCAGGACCUGGGACGGGAAGGACGAACGGGGACCGUUUCCAGACUCUUCCUCUCCGAGAGGGCUGCCCUGGAGUCUCAUCUUCCAGCAAGCCUGGGGGCCAAGAGCCCUCCCAGAAGAGGUCUGUGUGUCAGGCUCUGAGCAGCAGGACUGGGCAAGAGCCUAAGGCCCCACCGUGAGGCCCCCAGUGGGCUGUGGCAGCCAUGACCGUCGAUGGUGUUGUUAACCCUUUGUCUAAGUAGGGACAGGCCUCCCUCUUCCAGGUGGCCAAGGGAUGCGACGUGCCGGUCCUCUCUCCCACAUCCUCUCUUAGCAAGGGGCCCUGCCCAAACCACCGUCUGUCCGCCACACCCCCCUUCCCCUCUCCCAUUUCAGUUCAGGCCACACUUCUCGUUUGUUGAUCAGGACCAAGGACUGCAGCACACACCUCCUCCCACCUUUGCUGCUGGGCCACCCUCCCUAGGAGAGAUUGGGUCCCACCAGGGCCUGGCCUGGUCUGGGGUGGAAGGCGUGCGCGACAGGGCCUCAAGAGACGGAGUAUCUUCCUCACAGCUGCUCAGGGGGCAUGGGUCCUCUUGACUUGGGGCGCUGCCCUGGGAAGCUGCUGUAGCUUCAGCCAGGCGGGAAAGCUUCCUUCAACUUCCACAACCGGUGGGUGAGGAGACCCACCUUUUGUAACCUGCUACCAUGUCUCCAGGGCCCCCCCUGUCAAGAGCAGACAGCAGAUGCCAUAGGACUGACAGGGUCCCGGGUGGCUGGGAGAAGAAGUCAGCAGCAAAUAAAAGGUUUUUGUAUAAAGUC